GGGAGCCGCGCGCCAAGGAGCCGCGCGCGCGCCGCGCGCUCAGCCCAGGUUUCCCAAACUGGAAGGAGAAUUCCCCUGGCAUCGGUGACCUCCUGAGGCAAUUCCUGAGUGUGGGAUGGAGCUGUGGAGCAGGGCAGACCCCCAGCUCCGAGAGGUCGUGUGGUUCUCCUUGCGCUGCCGGGCCCUGGCGCUGCUGCUGCAGGCCGCGUUUAACCUGCUGAUCCCGGACCACGCCGCCGACGCCUUCUCUCCUCCGCGGCCGGACCCCGCGGGCGGCUGGGACGCGCUGCUGGAGCGGCUGCUGGGCGGGCUGGGCCGCUGGGACGCCGAGCAUUUCCUCUUCAUCGCCGAGCGCGGCUACCUGCUGGAGCACAACUGCGCCUUCCUGCCGCUCUUCCCGCUGAGCCUGCGGGCUCUGGCCGCGCUGCUGCCCUGGCCGGCGGAGCUGCAGCCCCGCAGCCGCCUGCUGCUCUCGGCCGCGCUGCUCAACGCGCUGCUGUCGGCGCUGGCGGCGGCCGCGCUGCUCGGGCUGGGCCGGGCCGUGCUGCGCCGCCCUCGCCAGGCUUUCCUGGCCGCGCUGCUCUUCUCCGUCAGCCCCGCCGGCGUGUUCAUGGCAGCUGCCUACUCGGAGAGCGCCUUUGCCUUCCUGGCCUUCAGCGCCAUGUGGCGGCUGGAGCAGGGGCAGGGAUGGCUCAGCGGGCUGCUCUUCUCCCUGGCUUCGGGGGCCCGCGCCAACGGGAUGGUUAACGCCGGCUUCUUCCUCUACUCCCGCGGCAAGAGCUUUGCCCUCCGGCUGCAGGUGGGACCAGCGUCCCGAAGGAAGCUCCCCUUGCUGUGGAAGCAGGUCCUUAGCCUGGCGUCUUCAGCGGCCCUGAUGUGUGCCGGGAUUUUUCUGCCUUUUGCUUUGUUCCAGUACUAUGCCUACGUGAGGUUCUGCGGCCCUGGCGCGGGCCUGGGUCAGGCCAUUCCCGAGCCGCUGCUGCGGCUGGCACGGGACAAGGGCUAUCGUGUGGCAGGCGUGGGUGGGGAUAAACCCCCUUGGUGCUCCCAGCGCUUCCCUGUGGUCUAUUCCUAUAUCCAAGACACUUACUGGAACGUGGGCUUUCUAAGGUACUUUGAGCUCAGACAGAUCCCAAAUUUCUUGCUUGCUCUGCCUGUCACCCUUCUGGGCUCGUGGGCUGCCUGGACCUACGUCAGCACAAACCCCCGGCACUGCCUGACUCUUGGUCUAGAGAGGAGUAAGAGUGAAGAGAGGGGAAAGGCAAGAGAUGGAUUUUGUGGCCCUGCUGCCUUCGUCUACGUGGUCCACGCCACAGCCCUGCUGGUGUUCGGGUUCUUCUGCAUGCACGUGCAGGUGCUGACCCGGUUCCUUGGCUGCUCCUCUCCCAUCCUGUACUGGUUCCCAGCUCACCUGCUUCUGGAACACGAACCUUUACUCCAGAGCACAGGGGCUGAUACUCCAACCUCUGGGAAGCCUCUUCUGGGUAAAUCUCCCAGUUCCUGUGGGAAAGGCACCUCGGACAACCCCAUUGUGAGGCUGCUGCUGAACUGGCGAUUGUUGACACCCCUCAGCAAGAGCAUCCUGGGCUUCUUCCUGGGCUACUGGCUGCUGGGGCUGAUCCUGCACUGCAAUUUCCUGCCAUGGACGUAGCGGGCUGUGCUGGCACGGACCAGCAGUGGGACAGGAGCUCUGCUCAGAACAGAAACUCGCCUGCUCCAAAAGCCUGAGGUGGCUGCGAUGGCGCUGUUGUUGCAGUUACAAAGGUGUUACUCCUCCGUUACCAUGUCCCAGACAGGAUGUUCUCUGUGGUGUGAUGCUGCAACAUCCUGCCCCGCUCAGCUGGCAUUGCUGACAGCCAAAAUUCCCAUCAGCUGCCUGGGAUGGGGAAUGCACCUCGGUUCCUGCAUCUCCUGGGGGAGAUUACGGCGCUGAUUGGUGGCAGGAUCCUGUGAUGGAUUUGGGGAUUCCCUGGGAUGUUUUGUGGGCACAGCAGGAGGGCAGGGAGGGUCCAGCUGCCCUGAGCUGUUCCGAUUCUUCUGGUUCCUUUUCCAUGGGGCCCCGAGCCAGGCCGGGCAGGGGGCGCGGCGGGCCCUGUGUGGGCACGACCCCAAUAAACGUGAAGGUUACC